GAACUCAACAUCCCCCACAAACUAAGAUAAAAGAUGGCUGGAAGAGUGAAUAUGGUGCUGGUUGUUCUAGUAGCAGCAUCAGUGCUUCAUAGAACAGCUGCAGAAACAUAUGAAGUUGGAAACGAAUUGUCCUGGCGCGUCCCUCCCAACACCACAGCAUACUCCACCUGGGCUUCUGCUUAUACCUUCCGCGUUGGUGACACUCUAGUCUUCACCUUCACAACCGGAUCACAUGAUGUGGCCAAAGUCACCAAGGAAGCUUUUGAUGCCUGUAACUCUUCCAGUCCACUCACCAUGCUCAACACUGGCCCUGCAAACUACACGCUCAAUUCUACAGGAGAGAAUUAUUUCUUCUGCGCGAUGGGCAGCCACUGCAGCCAGGGACAAAAGCUUUCCAUCUCCGUCUCUGCAUCUUCUAGCGAAUCCCCGGCAUCACCUCCAGGCACCACCAGUACUCCUUCCCCGCCACCUCCGCCGAGCUCUGCCCCGUCUCUAGCUGCUGCCACCUUCUCUGUUAUCUUCAUGUCUAUUGCCACAGGUAUCCUGUGGUAGUUCUUAGUGCAUACAGAUGCGUUCUGUGUUCCACCACCUUCAUGGUAGUUCAGACUUCAUACCCCAGAUGGUACUUGAUUCAUUUGUGAUGCCUGUUAUGGUUUUGAUAUACAUAUAUAUAGAUCAGUAUGUAGAACAGUGUAGUUGUAUCAUUCUCCAUUUUUACUCCCCAGUUGCCAUUUUCAAACAUAUAGUCACAAUAAAGAUCACUUUACAAAA